AUGGCAGCUUUGCCAGAAUCAUCUCUUGUAGAACAGCUUCUACGUCUUCGGAACGAGGCUUCUCAGCCAGACUCUGCCCAACACCUAUCCUCCCUCCUAUCCUCACACAAUGGUCCUUGGCCCGCUAAGCACCUUCUUCCUUGCUUCAAGGAUAUCUAUAAGUCCCUCCCUGAAGCAUUCAAGGCCGAGAAUGAUGAAUCCAUUGCCCGCCUUCGUGCACAGGUCAAGGCCGCUACCCCCAGUGUGGCAUCGCUGAUCGGGUCAGACAACCGUGCUGGCUUCAUUGAUGCCACCACUGGAAGACAUCUCACUCAUGGUGCCAUCCAGGAGUUUGUCCACAACUUCCACCUGCCAAUUGGAUUGUCCCGUCAUGGCAAGCCUCGCAUUGCUGUCAUCCUACCCAAUGGCCCGCUAAUGGCUAUCGCGGUUCUCGCCUUCACAAACAGGUAUACCAUUGUACCUAUGGCGUCGAACACUGUACCAGAGCAGCUUCACAUGGACAUGGAACAGGUCCAAGCUGAUGCUGUUGUCGCAUUAGACUCUGACAUUGAGAAGCUGCAAUUGGACAAUGGGAGUCGACCUGUCUUUGGUGUCGAGCAACUGGAAGAUAUGACUUUCCGUGUCGUCUCGGAACGAUAUGCUUCGGGUACAUCAAAUAUCCCCUCCAAUGCCGGGGAUGAUAUCGCUAUUAUUCUCUUCACCAGCGGUACCAGUGGCAAGAAGAAGCUGGUCCCGAUCACAAUCUAUAACCUCAUCGCUGGUACGAUGGCCACUAUUGAAUCGGUUGAACUGUCGGAAACAGACACAUGUCUUAACAUGAUGCCGCUGAACCAUGUUGGUGGUAUCAUUCGCAGUAUCUUCUCCCCGCUGCUCGCUGGUGGCGCGACAAUUUGCUGUCCCUCUUUUGAUCCCAGCAUGUUCUGGGAUGCCGUCGAAAGCCCUCAUAUGGUACCAACUUGGUAUUAUGCCACACCUACAAUGCACCAGAUGAUCCUCGGUGAAGCCAAGCACCGUCCUGAGGCUGUCAAGCAAAGUGCCAUCAAAUUCAUCUGUAACGCUGGUGCUGGUCUUCCGCCAACACUUGCUGCGCAGCUUCAUGAUACCUUCCGCAGUGUUAUCCUUCCCAGUUAUGGUAUGACUGAGUGCAUGCCCAUCGCUGCUCCGCCAAAGGACUACACCCUUGAUCGUCAUGGCACGUCGGGACAGAUCGUUGGUCCCGAAGUUGCAAUCAUGGCCGAGGGUGGCACUCCGGUCGCGCGACCUGGGAUGCUCGGACACAUCUGUAUUCGUGGAUCACCCGCAUUCGAGGGAUACCUGACCCCCGAAGGCACUAUCGAUACCAGUGCAUUUGAUGCUGCUGGCUGGUUUGAUACUGGUGACCUGGGGUACCUUGAUGAGGACAACUACCUAUACAUCACUGGUCGCAGCAAGGAAGUCAUCAACCGUGGUGGUGAAAUUAUCUCUCCCGUCGAAGUGGAAGACGCCGUGCUGGCCGCAGCCAAGGAUCCCAACUCCCCACUAUAUGGUCUGGUAUCUGAGACACUGGCCUUCUCCGUCCCUGACGAAGUGCUGCAAGAAGUCGUCGGUGCAGUCAUCACCACACCCCCCGGCGUCCCUCGGCCAGAUCUUCGCAUGCUGCAUGAAGCGCUGCAACCAAUCAUCCACCAGCCCAAGUGGCCUGCUUUGAUUACAUACAUGGACCGCGUCCCCAAGUCCAACAACAAGAUUCAGCGUAUCAAGCUCGCAGAGCGGCUAGGUCUGGAGGCCCUCACUCCGACCACUCCUCUAGCCGACCGACACUUCGAGGCCAUCUGCCCACCUAACGGCACCCCGUUGAGCGAACCCAUCAAUAAGAAGCAAUGCGUCGUCGAUGAGCACGCCAUUCGGUCAGUCAUUUCGGAGAAGACCGGUGCCCCCGAGGUGCACAUCUACACACAUCCUCGCGACGGGUUCGCGCAGGCUGUACUAUUCGGCAAGAGUGCCGAUGAUGAGCCAGUAACACCUGAAGAGCUUCGAGGUCACCUUGAUGGCUACUUGAUUCCCAGCCGCAUCACUGCCCUCGAGGGGCCCAUGCCUGUCGAUGUUUUUGGUAACCCUGACAAGGCUGCCAUUGAUGAUGCGAUCCGUGCCCGUUACUCGGACGGUGACUUGACACCUGUUCAGCGCCGAAUCCGCGAGAUCUUCGCUACGGCUUUGUCCUGUGGAGUGGAGGAUGUUUCUGCGAUGACUGACUUCUUUGCCGCUGGCGGUGAUAGUCUCAGUGCUGGUCGUCUCGUUUCGCAGCUUCGUCGUGAAUUUGGUAUCUUCUUGGCUGGUGACAUUCUCUUCCAUCACAGCACUAUUGGUGAGGUGGAGAGUAAGAUUACCGAGGCGGUUGAGAUUAAGGCUGCCAAGGGUGAUGAGGGAGAAGUCGAGCUGCCCGGUUGUGAGAAGACAUACAGCAGCACCAACCUGCUCGUCAUGAUCCUCCACCUUUUCCCAAUCAUGUUGUUUGCUCCGAUGAAGCGUGCCUUCCAGUGGCUAGUGUUCGCAUAUGUCAUGUCUGAGUGCUCCACCCGUUUUCCCAUCAGUGACGUUCUCAUUGGUCGCGUCGUCCUGAUUGUCCUGGCUGUGUUGUCUGCUCGUGUCGCCGGCCACAUCGUUUUCCCUCUCUGUGCUAUCACCUUCAAAUGGCUCGUCAUCGGUCGAUACAAGGAGGGCAUCUUCCCUAUGUGGGGUCCAUACCACACUCGCUGGUGGUUAACUCAAAAGGCCUUGCAGGUUUGUGGUAAGGGUAUGUUCAGUCGCUUCAACUGGUCUCGUGUGCUCUUCUACCGUCUUCUCGGUGCGAAGAUUGGCAAAAACGUCACUAUUCACCCAUUAGUCAAGUUUGGCGAAUAUGACCUGAUCGAGCUUGGUGACAACGUCGUCAUGGAUGUUUCUCAGUGCCGUCCCUUCGCCGUGGAGCGUAAUACCUCCAUGCUCCUCAAGCGCAUCUCCAUUGGCAAAGACUCAUCUGUCGGUCUCAAGUCAAUCAUCGCCCCAGGUGCUGUUGUCCCUGAAAACACCUGUAUUGGCCCCAACUCAUCCAGCUGGGAACUCCAAGACGCUGAUGAAUCCAACCGCGACUUGCUUUCCUCUCGUAUCCCUCAACCGCACUGGAUUUGGUCUAUCCUCCUCAUCGAGCCAAUUAAGGUUCUUGUCUGGGUCGCUUCUCGUCUUACCUGGAUGGGUGGUCUUGUACCCAUGGUCUACUCAUACCCUAAGCGCUCGCCUGAUCAGUUCCUGGGUACACUGGAGUGGUUCACCAGCAGCCAACGGAUUGGAUACCAUAUUACCGCGAAGAUCUGCCGUGCUAUCGGUAGUCCAAUAGUGCAAUUCGCUGCUGUCUUAGCUUUCAAGUUCCUCCUCGAUCUCAUCUGCGGUAAGCCCAAGCCCGGUCCUGCCUCCAAGCAGACUCAGCGCCAGAAGGUUCGAAGCGCUGUGCUUUCACAGAUCCUGCCCGCUGGUGAUAUUCACGAGUUGACCCGCCUUGUCGGUCGUCACUACGAGGCUGUCUCGAUCGCUGUCCGCUGCCUGGGUGGUAAAGUCGGAAAGCGUGUCUACUGGCCCAGUGUUGGUCCCGCCGUUCCUGACUUUGACCUCGUCGAGGUUGGCAACGAUGUUGUCUUCGGUUCUCGCUCGACCAUCGUCACAUCCGAUGGCUACGGUCGCGAUCGUGUCACGAUUGGUAAUGGAGCCAUGGUCGGCGACCGUGUUGUUGCCCUGCCCGGCACCACCAUCGGUAACGAAGCUAUGAUCGGUUCCGGUGCUUUGCUCCGCCGCAACGGCGACUUCCCCUCAAACACCGUUUGGACCGGUAGCAAGGGAGGAAAUGCUGUUCAAUUCCCAACCAGCACAAACACGGUGCCCAUGUCAAACGCGCCCACCGUUGUCGACAGUGGUAGCAGUGGCAGCAGCACGAACGGCGACAGCGAUGACGAGAAACGCGAAUAUAGCGAAAAAUCGCUUAACGAGAAGCAGAUUAAUCUUGGCUCUAAUAAACAACAAAAGCAAGAGACCACUGAGAUCGAGCCCGAUACCUGCAAGCCUUUCGGUCGUGCAUUCUACCGUGGCGAGUCUAACUACUACGUGCUCCGCAUCUGGCAGAUCAUCAUCUACUCUGUCAUUGCCGUCGUCUUCACUACCGUCUUCUGGAUCAUCUCCAUCCCACUCUCCCUCUUUGCUCUCCGCGGCGCUAUAAUCCACAGCUCCUCUGCAGCUCUGCAACCCGGUGCAUGGCGCCCAUUUGUCAACUACGGAAUUCUCUCCGCAGUUCUAGCAGGUAUCAGUACCGUGCAAGUCUUCAUCGCCCUCGCCCUCGUCGUCUCCCUUAAGUGGAUGGUGAUGGGUCGCCGCCAAGAAGGAAGUUUCCACUGGGACAAGAGCAGCUACAACCAGCGCUGGCAGUUCCUCCUCUCCUGCGAGACGAUAAUCAAAGACUGCUAUGGUGACUUGGGUAUUUUGCCUUUGAUGAGUGGAACUGCCUGGGUGGUCUGGUAUUACCGUCUUCUUGGCGCAAAGAUUGGUAAAGACUGUGCUAUUCACGCGAACGGAACGCCGAACAUCUUCUUCACUGAGCCUGAUCUUCUUACUCUUGGAGACCGUGUCGCUGUUGACGACGCCAGUCUGGUUUGCCACUUGAAUUCUCGUGGUGAAUUCGAGCUACACCCAUUGAACGUUGGGGAUCGCAGCAUCUUGCGCGCUGGAUCACGCUUGAUGUCUGGUGCUUCGAUGGGCCAGGAUGCCUGUCUUUUGGAACAUACAUUAGUUCUGUCUGGUGACCAUGUCGAAGAUGGAAAUACGAUGCAAGGUUGGCCUGCUGGACCCUUUGAAGGCCAACGCGCCUAG